AUGGUGCCGCAGAAGCUAAAGCUUUUUAUUUGGAAAUGCUUGCAUGGUAUCUUGCCAGUAAAUGUACUAGUUAGAGAUAGAUGCUCAAGAGGAGACUGGUUGUGCAGGUGCUGUAGGGAAAGCCAAGAAACACUGGAGCAUAUGUUUUUCUUUUGCAGUAAUGCCACGACUAUUUGGGAGGCUACCCCUCUCUGUUGGGAUGGUCUCGAGAGUUUUAGGAGUAAAUUCUGGUUUUGGUGGGAAGAGCUAAAAGAUGCAGUGAAAAAGGAGAGGGGGAAGGACCGGGUUGAGCUUACUGUGCAUUUGUUAUGGCACAUUUGGAAGUCACGAAAUGGUAUGCAGUUUAACAAAAAAAGAAGAGAUCCUAGGACAGCAGUCAAUAAAGCUGUGGUGGGGUGGAGAGAGUAUCAUGAGGCUCAGCUGGAGGAGGCGGAGAGGGUUGAUGGAAGUGUGAAGAAACACCUGGCUGGAAGCGACCAAAGGAAGGCUGGAAUAAAAUGA